AUGAUGAAAAUUUUAAUCUUCUUGUGUUCUACAUAAUUCUAUCCAACAUCUUCUCUCUUCCAUAAUUGACUGUGGCACAUGAUGAUGUCGUGUGCACUUUUCUCUCACUGUCAAGUGUCAUCCCAAAUCACGGGUUUAACUGCAUAUGUAUUCACAAGAUGGUUGGUUACUUUGCUCGUGUUGAAUUAAAUUUCUAGCUAUUCUGGGAUAGAACACCAUAAUUUGUGUUAGUAUCUGUUCUUAUACUCCCACCUUUAAGACAAUUUGAGUUGUUUUGUUUGUCAUGGUGCUUUGGGACUCCACGUGAUUAGGAUGCCCCUUUGAUUUCUUGAAGCAAGCUGUAGGUGUUACUUGAUCUGGAUUGAAGGAUAGAUUGAAGUUAUGUCUGCUUAUGGCCAUCAAACGGAGCAUAUGUAUUCUGAAAGAAGUCUCACAGGUGGUUCUGAGGUGAGGAGCAGUUUUGUGCUGGAAUCAGGAUUCUACAUCACUACUUUUGCUGCAACCAUCUUCAUUGCUGGAUUCGCCGCCAUCGGGCUUUUACUAAUUACUUUGUUGGUUUCCCUGGCAUUGAUGCUGCAAUCUUGUCAAGAUAAUAACGGUGGAGUUGCUGAGCUUCAGGAUAAAAAUGGUGACUACAGUUAUUGCAAGGUUUAUUCCCUGCAUGCUAAGCUAAAUAACUUGGAAGGACAUGAUCCUCCAAACAUAUGCAAGGACCUGGCCUUAGAGUAUAUCAAAGGAGGUCAAUAUGCUAGAGACUUGGAUUUAACCAGGUCUGUGAUUGAGGAUUACUUUGAUAAUGUUAGUUCAUCAGAUGAUGGUCUUGAUGUGGUAUUGAUAGACAUAGAUGGCAUCUUUCCACCAAAUCUUCACUCUUCCAAUUUGUUUCAAAGCAUUAGCAAUUGUAUCUUAGAGGCAAGGAAGUUAAAGCGCAUGCUUGUUUUAAGAUUAUUCAUGAAUCUUCAAGCUAGUAGGUGGUUUGUAAUUCUGUUAUCAAGAGAGCCUGGGACACACCAAAAUGUCACCAUCGAUAACCUUCUCUCUGCUGGAUUUAGAGGUUGGUCUUCCUUGAUGAUGAGAACAGAAGAUGAAGAUUCUACCAAAGCAAAUGAGUACUUUUCUAGGCAAAGGAAUGUGAUACAGACCAAGGGUUUCCGUAUAAAAAGCAUCAUAAGCAGCCAUAUAGCUGCUUUGAGUGUUGCAGAUACAGGAAUACGAAAUUUUUUGCUUCCAGAUCCUAUAUGUGACAAGUUUGAGCAGCAAAAGAGAGCAUAGAUUGCAGGAUGAUGGAGUUUUUGUUGGACUGUAAUUUUUUAAUUUUAUUCUCUGAAUCUUGUUUUGUUCACAUCAGGGAUAUUGUAAUUACACGUAGAUCCAAAAGACAGGUAGCAUAAUCAAAUAUAAAAUCAUACAUAUGCUUUUUAAAAGUUAUAGAAGUUGAAGUUUUUUUAUUCUUG